GGCGUCCCCUGGGCAAUAUCCUUGCAGAUGGCCAAUUCUCUCACUCCAGAAGCAACUCCGGUUGCUCCUGACAUGUUGUGUGGAAGGGCCCUUAGGCCCCAUCUACACUUCCACGCAACCCAGUUUCUGAGUCCAGAUUAUCUGCUUUGAAUUGGAUUUUAUGGCAGUGUACACUCAUAUAAUCCAGUUCAAAGCAGAUAAACUGGAUUCAAAGACUGGAUUACAUGGCAGUGUAGAUCUAAUCUCAGUUUCAAAUCUCUCACGCUCAAUAUAAUCCUCUCUCCUUAUCCACAGAUUCAGCCAUCCACAGUUUGGAAUUAAAAAUCCAAAAAGCAAUCCUCAAUUUUGCUAUUUCAUAUAGGCGAUGUCAUUUUACUAGGUCAUUGCAUGUAAUAGGAUUUGAGCAUCUACGGAUAUUAGUAUCUAUGGGGACCUGGAACCAAGUCUCAGGGCCCUUCCACACAUGGUCCUAUAUUUCAGAAUAUCAAGGCAGAAAAUCCCACAUAAUCUGAGUGUGGACUCAGAUAGCCCAGUUCAAAGCAAAUAUUGUGAGAUUUUCUGCCUUGAUAUACUGGGAUAUAGGGCUGUGUGGAAGGGCCCCCAGUGGAUACUAAGAGCCCCGUGUACUUAGAGUGAAAUUUUAUCCUGGUUAAACCUUAACUGAGGUGCCUUCCACACAGCUGAAUAAAAUCCCACAUUAUCUGCUUUGAACUAGAAUAUAUGGCAGUGUGGACUUAGAUAACACAGUUCAAAGCAAAUAUUGUGGCUUAUUUGCCUUGAUAUUCUGGGUUAUAUGGCUGUGUGGAAAGGCCCCAAGUCAAUCUGUCAGGGUUGUGGUCAGAGAAUUAAGGUGUUAAUGUGAGCUUGGAAUUUGGCCACCCCCAACCACCUAAUUACGUGUCCUUGGUCGUCCCUGGCUCCUGUUCUUCCCUAUUCUUGUAGGCAGAAGGAGCUCUUCCGGUUUGGGCAAAACCUACUGCCAAGUGUGCCUCUCUCACCUUUCAUUCAUGCCCCACAUUUUUGAAAAGUUGUCCUGUCUCAUGGACCAAUUGCUGGGUUGUGCUACCUUGUUCAGUAGUCCAUUCUCAGAAACAGACUUUUUUUGUUAUUCAGGUUGCUUUUACAGAUAUGCACUGAUUAACAAAUUUGUGAAUUACAAAGCAAGACUUAGGCCCUUUUCACAUAGCUGAAUAAAAUCCCACAUUAUCUGCUUUGAACUGGAAUAUAUGGCAGUGUGGACUCAGAUAACCCAGUUCGAAGCAGAUAUUGUGGAAUUUUCUGCCUUGAUAUUCUGGGCUUUAUGGCUGUGUGGAAGGGCCCUUACAGCCAACUGUAGACUUGCCCUUAUCUCCUGAGAGUCAGGCCUACUAGUAAGGAAGGGAAUAAGCUCUUCUCAUGCUCAGAUAUUAAACUAAAAAAGAUCCUAACUUACUGAAGUGUUUACAUUGGAAACGAAAACUGUUUCCAUUUCCAUAUUUUCAGUUCAAAAAUUACCAUUUACAUAAAGAGGUUUUGUGCUGUUUGUUGGUCAUAAAAACCUGUAAAGCACAUUUGUGUUUUUAGAAAUUGUCCCAUUGAAUGCAUUGGGGCUCACCCCCUCCUCUCAGUGAAUACAUUUAGAGUUGAGAACAUACAGUCGGGUUUCUAUACCCACAGUAACCACUAUCUGUUAUCUUGAAGAGAUCCCCUCUCCAAAUAAAAUAUUCGAAAAAGCUUUGCCAUUUUAUGUAAGGGAUACCAUUUUACUUCUUCAUUGCAUUAAAUGGGACUUGAGCAUGGACGUUGGUAUCCACUGGAGGCCCUGGAACCAAAUCCCCAGCGGAUGUCCCAGCCGUAAUUCAGCUGCUUAGUUUCUGUAAUUGAAGCUACAUUUAUGAUAAAAGUUAUAUUUAAGAAACCUGAAACAUUGUACACUCAGAAUAUACAUACUCAAGUUUUUCAGCAAUGAAAAGUUUGAAAUAUAUGUAAUAUUGUAUAUUAAAGUUGACAGGAGCUGGUUGUCAGCCUUUCUCCUUGGAGGGAGGUGAGAAAAGAACUCUGCUCCAGGGUGAACCAGUUAUCUUGCUGGAAACCGCUAUUAAUUUGUGAUUUGCUGAUUUUAUGUUACAGGUAUACUUAAACCUUAUGUAUUAAGAUAGUAAAUGCUCAGGUGAACGAGAGCCUUCUAUAUCAUGGGGUAGCAAUACCUCUACUCCCCAAAUUCAAUUCCUAUUUGUGUUUUUGUGGCAGUUAGAUUUUGGAAGGAUGUGAGGGCUAGAGAUACAUAUUGUAAACUAACCAGAAUAGCUAUUGACUUUUUAUCAUUUUUAAACCAGGAAAAAAAAGGUUGCAAAGGUUUUGGGACAUUCAGAUAAGACUUAAGGAUAAAAACAGAACAAAAGGCUUUGCGGGCUGCUUGCUCUCUGUGACCACUCCUUGCCUCUUUUUUUUUCUACAGGCUGUGUAGAAAAGCAGGCACAUGUAAACAAAUAUUUGUCACUCACCACCUGAUUCCUGUCUUCUUGAGACAGGGAAUAGUGCAUUUCAUUCUACACAUCCUUGUUAUUUAUUUGUAAUUAGUUCUUCCAGUUCAAGUGUGACAUAAAUUUAGAUUACACAUGUCAAAUGCAAGGCCCGCAAACUGAAUCCGCCCCCACCCCAGGUCAUUUUAUCUGUCUCCACGAAGUUUCAAUGCUAGUGCAACAUAGUUAUAUUUAUAUGGUUUUACAAUUACAAGUGGACCUUUGAAGGCAACCAUGAAGCUGAAUGGGCUCCUUGAUUAAAAUGAGGGCCCUUCUACACAGCCCUAUAUCCCAGAAUAUCAAGGCAGAAAAUCCAGAAAAGUGUGGACUCAGAUAACCCAAUUCAAAGCAGAUAUUGUGGGAUUUUCUGCCUUGGUAUUCUGGGAUAUAGGGCUGUGUGGAAGGGCCCUGAGUUUGACACCGCUGAGUUUGAUCAAUAUUUUCAAUUGGGUUUUUUUAUCUUGAAAAUAUUUUUCACCUUAUUGACAUUUUUGACUCUUUAGCUUCAUAUUCCUUUCCAUUUAUACCUGGACAGAUUCUUAAGAUUAAGUUAAAUCCCUAUCCUAUGUCUACUCUCGAAUAGAAUAUGGAUGUUCUGUAUAAUCUAUCAAUCAUUCUUCCUAGUUAAAAUAUGUUUAUUUAAUAAAAUGGAGUAUUUCUUUUUUUUCUUCCCGUUGAGAACAAUGCGUGUGUGCUGGCUAGUGAGCAAAGAUAGAAGCUGUCAACGAAUUAAAUUGCCACACUUAGAAAUGGUGGUAAUAGGGCGUGGCCCCGAAACGGAAAUAACAGACAAGAAAUGUUCACGAAGACAAGUUCAGCUAAAAGCAGACUACAACAAAGGUUAUGUCACAGUUAAACAGAUAGGAGUCAAUCCAACCAGUAUUGAUCUAGUGGAUGUUGGCAAAGACCAGGAACAAAAACUGAAGCCAGGACAAGUUCUCCAUCUCGUCAAUAAGUUCUAUCCAUACACUAUCCAGUUCUCAGAAGAGAUGGGAACAUGUCUUGAUCGGGAAGCAGCAGAAGUGAAAGGUGUGAAGAGGCCGCAAGAGGAGUCUGAAAAUAGCAACGUGGAAAGCAAAUCCUCAGGAAAACAAGUCAAAAUGGAGCAACGAGGCUGUGGCUCAUGUUCCAAGCAAAACAGUGACAGUAGUUCUGUUUCGUCAAAUGAAAACAUUUCUAGCAAAAAGGAAUAUUCAGCGUACUGGGCUCAAGGUCUUAAGGCUUCCAUGAACAAUCCUAGUAUGCAGGUGUACAAGGAUGAAAAGGCCGUUGUUAUAAAGGAUAAAUAUCCAAAGGCUCGCUUUCACUGGCUAGUGCUACCAUGGCAUUCCAUCCCUACCUUGAAUGCCGUAACUCAGGAGCACCUUGAACUUUUGGAACACAUGCAUACCGUUGGAGAGAAGAUAAUCGAGCAGUGUCCUGAGAAAGAUUGGCUGCGCUUUAGACUAGGCUACCAUGCUAUUCCCAGCAUGAGCCACCUCCAUCUUCAUGUUAUCAGCCAGGAUUUUGAUUCUGAAUGCUUCAAAACCAAGAAGCACUGGAAUUCGUUUACCACAGAAUACUUCAUAGAUUCCAAAGAUGUAAUAAAGAUGGUGAAGAAGAAAGGAAGAGUAAUUGUAGAUAAGAAUACGUCCGCACUCUUGAAUCUACCUCUGAAGUGUCAUGUGUGCAAACAACAGCUUCCAACUAUCCCUCAGUUAAAGGAACAUCUUAAGCAACAUUGGCCAAAAUGAUCUGUCCUAAUCUCUUUCCUGGUUCAAACAUUAAUCUGGAUACCUUAUUACACUGUUUUAUUAAAUAUGCCAAAAUGUGAGUGUGACAAUCUGCAGGUAGUUGUUUUUCAGGUGGACAUAAGCAGGAUGAGUAUAGAAGGACUUCUUGUACAGGAGGCAAUGCUUUAUCUUUUGCAUCCGUAAACCUUCACCUCUAACACCCUGGUGUGCUGUUAGCAUAAAUAAGCCAUUUUAUAUUUAGUGGGCUAACUGAAAUGCAGUUUGGGUUUAAAUUUGUCCAUUUGGCAUUCUCUGUUUAUUUUUUGGUUACCCAAUAGCAAGCUGACAUUAGGUUUGCUGCAUGUGUUUUCAGGAGUAAGCAGAUUGUAUUUUGUCUGAAAUCUGUCAGAUUGAAAUAUUAGCAUGAUGGUCCUUAAAUACAUUUGGUAUUUCCUUCUGCAAUUCAGAUUUGAUCCCUGGCUUUAUUUCUGUAUCUGUUUCAAAGCAGCCACUAUGAAUGUGAGACACAUAAUGAUUUCUGACUUCAAGAUCUUGACUAAAGCUUGGAUGCCAGUUCAAAUCCUACACCUAUUGGUACUUGGUGUGAGUUUGUGCAAAAUAAAUGGUAAUGAGCUAUGUGAGUGGGGCCUCUUGAAUGCCAUUUAAAUUUUAUCCAGGCUUUCUUCUAAUGAGUUCAGAAUGUCACAUAAAAGUAUUCUCUGUCUUAUCCUCACAACAAUCUUGCGAAGUAAAUAAAUCUGGGAUAAUAAAAGGCCUUCCUUUACCCAGGCAAACAGGAAUUAAUAAAUAGUUUAGUGUAUGAAUACAUUGUUUUUAUAUGUUGGGUUGUUAAUUUUUGUUAUUAUGGGUUAUAUUGUUGUUGUGUUCAGGCAUUGAAUGUUUGCUUUUUAUGUUUGGAAUCUGCCCUGAGUCCCUCUGGAGAGAUAGGGCAGAAUAUAAAUAAAGUGUUGUUGUUGUUGUU